UCUUUGUCUGCUUUCAGAUCUUACAUAAACUGCCAAGACAGCGAAACCGCGACGGCUAUGAUGAACGUUUUUCAUAAUGGUAAGUUUGAUGUUUUGGAAGAUGAGCUAAGAAAAAUGCUGGGGUGUUAGUAACCAUGGUAGUAUCUGACGAUUCAGUCUCGUUUUAAGUUCGGGAAGUGCAAAACUAUUUAACUAGAUUAGCGAAGAAACGAAGACAAUCCCACCUUUAAAAAAAAUGAAGCUAUACAGUCAGUUUCCUAGGUGAAAUUUGUAAACAGCAAAAAGGAAGUAGGGACGGAAAAUAGUGUCUUGGAAUCCAAGAAGAAAAGACGCCUAUUAAAAAAAAAAGGAAAAUUGUAAAUCUUUGUAGAAGCGGAGACGAUGCUGCACCAAUCUGUUCUACCGAAAGAAGUUUGGAAUUCAAUGAAGUCCUUUCUACUGAAUACAGCAUCUUUCAAAUCCCAGAGAAAAUUAUUUUAUAAUAAACUUUUUCUUCUUAACCAGAUUCUGAUGGGAGCGUCGGUAAUGACAGCGACCUGUCAGAGUCUUCAAUUUCCCUGAAACUUCAAAUUGGCAUGACGUUUGCUUACGUCAUCAUCUUCAUCAUCUCUCUGGUAGGAAACGCUCUAAUGAUUUACGUCAUACACAAGACGCCUCGACUCAGAACUACGACCAACCUAUUGGUGGCUAAUAUGGCUGUAGCUGACGUAAUUAUCACAUUUUUCGCCGUGCCUUCAACUGUGAUGUACUUAUAUCUACAGCAUAUUUGGUUAUCUGGCGUGAUUGGUGAUAUCACUUGCAAGGUCGUGCAAUAUGGCUUGACAUUGUCAAUAGCUGCCUCUGUUCUCACACACAUACUGAUUGCGAUCGACCGUUUCAUCUGUGUUGUGUUUCCUUUCAAACGCGUCACAUUCUUUAAGAAAGUCAGACCGAGCUACGUAUUAACCUGGUGUGCUUCGUUGCUUCUAAUGAGUCCGCAUCUGGUUGUUUACGACAGCGCAAAGCUACCAAACGGUAAGAGCUACUGCAGAGUAAGCCGGCUUGAAUAUCUGCACUUUCUUGAGAUUUAUUAUGUCUUGGUGUUUGUAACGCUCUAUUUGAUUCCAUUGCUGUUCAUUGCAACACUAUACGCGUUUAUCUGCCGAAAGCUAUGGAGGCAUAAAGUACCAGGAGUACGCUCCCCUGACCUUAUUCUUAAGAGAGAAUUUCAAAACAAGAACACCGUCAAAAUGCUUAUCAUUCUGGUAAUAGCAUUCACAUUGUGUUGGUUACCAGUUCACGUUGUACAUCUACUGGAGUAUUUUCGGCCUGAAUUACAUUUGCCUCACGUGGCAUUACUUUUGUCCUUCUGGGCCUGUCACUCCCACAGCGCAAUCAAUCCAUUACUGGUUGUAUUUCUUAAUGGAUUGUACAGAAAAGAAUGUCAAGAGAAAAUUAACAAGAAACUGGCCAGCUUAUCAAUCAAGAGAAGUACAGGAACAAAUAUAGUUUUAGCUCCACAAAUGAGAACUGCAAUAUCCCGAGCGCCAUCACCACAGGCCUUAGGAUAA